AUGGAGGUCCUUGCGGCCGCUUUCGACAAGCACGUUGGAGCAGUCGAUGCACUGGAAUGCUUCCCCCCCACGGCCGCCACCUCCCCCUCCGCGCGUGGCGGACUGCCGCCCCUCCCCGAGCUGCGCUGUCCCCCCUCACCCUCCUCCGCUACGCGCUCUCCGGCUGCGAGGGCUCGGCGCGCUGGGGGGAGCGUGCGGCGGGGAGCGAGAUGGUGGCCGGCUGCAGGCGAUGGCGAAGCGGCUGUUCGAGAACGGCGCGAGCGGCACACGCUGUUCCACACGUACAAGCGACGGCGGGGCGCCGUGGUGCGCGCAGCGCUGGCGGCAGCGGGAGUGGGAGUGGAGGAGCGGGAGGGGGCGGCCCAAGCGGAGUGGUCGUGGGAGGAGGCGGGGCAGCGGCUGAGGGAGUGGCGCGCGCACCUCCGAUUUGGACUGGCGCUGUGCUUGGCGGAGCAGCGGCUGAGCGAGGCGGUGCUGGGCGGCAUGGGGCAUCUGCGGCAGGAGUGCGUGGACGACCUCCUCGCGCCCUCCUUCGCCGCGCUGCUCGCCCUGCCAAGCCGCCUCGCCGCCUCGCCCCCCUCGCUGCACGCGCUGCUCCACGCGCUCUCCACCUUCCACGCGCUCAGGGACGGCUACCCGCAGGUGGCGGAGCUGUACCCGCGGCGCACGCAGAGGCAGCGGCGGCAGUACCUGGAGGUGCUGGCGCGCGUGGCGGGCGUGGCGAGGAGCGCCUUCCUCGCCACUGAGACCGCCUGGUCCCACCCCUCCCUGCUCGCGCUGCUGCUGGACGGGCAAGCUUCGGGGCAGGGCAAGGGGCAGGCCACGGGACAGGGGCAGGAGGAGGGAGGGACGCAGGCAGGGAGUGAGAGGGGCGAGGAGAAGGAAGGACCGGUGGUGAUAACGGCGCUGACGCAAGGGGAUGCAGGCGAUGGUGGCUCUCAGCAGGGGGUGCAGCUGAGGCUGAGAAGGUGGAGGCGGAGGGAGGCGAGGGCGGUGGUGGGAGUGGAGAGGGCACGGCGGACACGGCUGUGGCAGCAGCAGGUGGCGACACCGCUGGGCAAGCAGGCAUGGGCGUGGGGCAGCGCAAGGGACGCAGUCUCUUGCUGCGGUAUGCACCUCAAACAUGCUGCCUGCGUUGCGUCCCUGCCCUCCCUACCUGCCUUUCAUCCCUACCCUCCGUGCCUGUGCUCUGUGCCUGCCAGCUUCCGUGCUUGCCUUCACGCAUGCCCUUCAUGUCUGCUCUCUUUGUCAUCGCUUGGAGCGUAUGCAUUCUCGGGAGGAAGCACCGUCUGCAAAGUUUCUUCCUGUCCUUGCAAGUUCAAGACCUCGCCCUUCCCAUCUCCUGGUGGCAAACCCUCACCCUGUUUCUCCCUCUGGCCUCGUUCCACCUGCCCCGUCGAUUCCACCCGCCCUUUCACUCCGCAGCUUUCUGUCAGUGCGGCCACCGCAGGCGGCACCCCAGGCGGCAGCGACAACAGCGGGGGGGCGAGGGCGGGAGUGGCGGCAUGCUUCCAGCCCAUCACGGGCGCCGUGGACCCCGUCACACUGCGCCUCCUCGACACCUUCCACCUCCUCUGCUCCCACGACCUGCCGUACCGCCGGCUGCUGGAGGAGGUGUUGGACACGCACCCCACCCCGCCGCCCGCUGCCUCCCACGCCUCCUCCCCCUGCGCCUCGCCGCACCCUGCCCUCACCCCGCGUGACCAGCAGCCGCCCACCCCCCUCUCGUGUGCAGCAGCCCCGCCACCAGCUGCUGGAGUGAAGCCUCCUCGCUGCCUCUGCCCGCACGCCAGCCCGGGGUGGGGGCGGGUGGAGGGGCGGGGAGGCGUGUGCAUGCGCGCAUGGCGAUGGUCGAGCGUGGGCAAGCUGCUGGGGCUGGCGGAGGUGGGCGCGCAUGCCAAGCACGAGGAGCGGCACCGUGACCGCUUCCUGGAGCUCUCCUUCGCCAGGUUCCACUGCCUGGUCACCAACGACAGACUGCGGAGACCCGACGCCAUCCGGCGAUUGGUGGAGUUCUGCGCUGUGCUGGGAGAUGUGCUAGCCAUGCAGCAGACCUGGGUGGUGCCCGACCCCCACAAUGCUGCCACGCUGCGCUCUGCCCUGCGCUGGGGCCUGCAGCAGAUGCUCCAGGCAUUCCUCGCCAAACACAGGUCUGUGCUUCUUGCAACAAGUAGCAUUUCAGAGAUUGACGAAGCAUGGCAGCUAAUUUCCGAGGUCAACAACAGCCUCCGUGCGCAUACAUAA